UAAAGACCAAACAUCUUAAUAGGCUAAUAUGUUAAAAAUAUGCACAUCAUGAAUUAAAUGAGUCAGAGGCAAAUGUCAAUCAAAUUUUGGUUAUUUGACGAAAAUGUAAAUUGAAUGAUUAAGUGUUCAUCAACAGAUGAACAAUAUGUCUGACCCCUUGAAAAAUGUACCGUAAGUCCUACAAUCACUAUUUGCUCCACUAUAUUUAUUAGUGCUUUUUCUAAUUUCGUCUGGGGGUAAUUCUGAAAACAGCUGCUUGCUGCUGCCAUGAUAAUGACAAACGAGGGAGUGAACAAAUACAAUAAAGCUCUGGGCCUUGAGACCAAAUUAGUUGUGUAAACAUGCUGAAUACAUAAGAGAGAAACUGCAGAAUUGAGAAUUAAAUGUCCACAUGUCACAAUGAAGGAUCGCUUUCACAUUUAACAUAGUCAUUUGAUCCAUUUACACCAAUUCAGUAGAACAUUGUGACCACCUGUCUAAUACUGUGUUGGUCUCCUCUAUGCUGCUAAAACUCUUCUCACCCAGUGGUUCAUGGACACAUGACUUCUGGGGAUGUCCUGUGGAUUCUGUGGGUCCUGUGGGUUGCAGGGUGGGACCCACCUAGAGCAGGCUGAUCCUGGAUCAUCCCACAGAUGCUCAAUAAGAUUUGAAUCCGGGGAGUGUGGAGCCUGGGUGAACGGUGUAACUCUGUCGUGUUCCCCAGGCCACUCCUGAGCAGUUUUUGCAGUGUGUCGGGGUGCAUUGUCCUGCUGAGAGUGGAAACUGGCAUCAAAGCCAUGGGGGAUUGAGGGUUGCUUGACCUGCAAUGUUUACAUGGGUGGUACAUGUCAAACAUCCACGUGAAUGUCAGGACUCAAGGUUUCCCAGCAGAACUUUGCAUAAUAACACAAUUAACGAUGUUAUAAUACAAUGUUCUGCUGGGAAACCUUUCAUUUCACCUGUCAGUGGUCAUAAUAUUUUGACUGAUUGGUGUAUAAUAUACCAAUUCUUUCUUCUUCUUUUUUUAAAUCCGAGUUUUAUUGAUAGAUAUUCUAAAUUCAUAUGACACACAAAUCAAAAGAUCAUCACUUAAACGCCUUGCCCUUUCACAUAUCUGUACUAUUUAGUACCAACAUUAUUCAUCACUGUUACUCCUUUAGGAGCUAAUAGAGCUCCUCUAAUGAAAAUUAACAUUUUUACCGUAUUAACAUUUUUUUGUCAUUGUCAUCAGAACUGAUUUCCAAUUCAAAAAUCUAAAGCUGAUUUAUUCUAAUAAAACAACUUGCAAUUAUGUAGCAUAGAGUUGUAGGUGAGCUGGUGUGUAUGAGGUGCAGUGGGUGGGAACAUUUCAGUAAUUUUAGAGCUUAAAGUGACAAUUUCAAGAAAAAAAAAGUAAAUAUUUAACCUUCAUACACUGAAAAAAAAUUAGGUUUGAUAAAAAACAGCUACCGACUUUGAACUUUUUACUUCUAGAUUGUUCGUUUAUUUCAAUCCCACAAGAGCAAUGACCAUAUUGUGUAUUUUUCCAAAGUGAUUGCAAGAAGUUCUGCUUUACUGGUCCGCCCUGGAGGACCAGUUUUCCACCAUUAUAUCGUCAUUAAGCGACAGCUCCUGACAGCUGGUGGGAGGAGCCAAGCAGCGGUCACUUGGUCACUUCCGCAACAACUGUGGUAGUGAAUCUGAUACCGGUGUCAGCUUCACUGCUAUGGUUCAUUCUCUUAAACCGGUCUAAAUAGUUUGAGACGAGGGUGUCCUCUCCUCGCGAGUACAGUAAUUUGACUGCUGUAUGUUUUAUUUUUAACGGAGGAAUAGUACAACAGGGAGUUGUUUCGUACUCCUGCGGACACCUGGCUGGACAGUGAGGUACUGAGCCAACAUGGCAUUGUUGGUAACCUGACGCAACGUAGCUCAAAGUCUGCCGGUAGCUCUUUGACAUAGUUAGCUGACUAUGCAGUUGUAAAUGCGUUGGACGACUGUUGUAACCUUACAGGACAGUUAUUUACGGCGACGAGACGUAUUUAAUUUCAGUAGGUACUGUACAGCCACUUAAUUUUUGCGUGUAGCUAUAAGAAAAUAACAUUCUCUAAAGGGUUAGGGUCUAAAAUCUUGAAAUAUACUUUUUAUUUCAGGAUUUAUUAUAGCAAACGUAAGGCAUGAUUUGAGCUUGGAUCAAAUUCCGUCCAUUUAGUCUUGUUGCUAACUACUUACAGUUGUAUUUUAGUUGUAUAUCAUCUGGGACAGUUAAACUCUGGGAGUAUUUAUUGUUAUCACUCUCCCCUGAAUACCAUCAUGGGAAUCAAAGUAGCUGUGAGCUGCACUGUGUUAUUCAUCCUGCUGGAUGUUGUCAUCUCCACUGUCCUUUACACACAUGGAUCACACUUGAGCAUUUUUACAAAAGAUGCCCUGAACUUUAACAUCUUCGAGUCUGUGCUGGACCUGUGGUUGACUGUGCUGCUGAGGGCCUCCUUCCUGUUAGGAGCCUCCAUAGGGGUCUCAUGGAACAAGGUGGAUGGGCCUCAGAGGGCUGCUAAGUUCACCAAUUUCAUUCUUCUCAUCUCCCUGAUCAUCAUCACCUAUGCUCUGACCAAACUGCUGAUGCUGACUGAGCUACAUCCUCUCACUCAAGAGCCCUGGAUCCUGAGCCUGAUAUGUUGGACUUGUGCCUCCUCUCUGGGUGUCAUGCUGCUCUGGGGGCAGCUGGGGAAGGAGUCCAACUCUGUGAGCAGCAGCAGCAGAAGGGGAGGAAGAAGGGGCUCUGAGGACACUGAGAAGUUGUUGGAGACAGCUGGUGAGGAGGAGCAGGAGGCUGGCUGUCAGAGGAAGAAGGAAGAGAAGACCAGCUCUCCAGCCACACUGGGACGCCUGCUGGCCUACUGUAAAAAGGACGGUGGUCUGCUGUCUGUAGCUGUCCUCUUCCUCCUCAUCUCUGCAGUCUGUGAAGCCUUUAUUCCAUACUACUAUGGGAGGGCUAUAGACAGCAUUGUGGUUCACCAAAGCAUGGAGUACUUUACUAGACCUGCGAUCACUCUGGUAUCACUAGCAUUAGCUAGCUCUCUUGCAAUGGGAGUGCGAGGUGGAGUCUUCACCCUGACAUUUGCGAGAUUAAAUCUUCGGCUCAGGAACCAUCUCUUCAGAACUCUGAUGAGGCAGGAAAUCGCCUUUUUUGAUGAAAACCACACAGGUGACAUUAUUUCUCGCCUGUCAGCUGACACCACCCAGGUGAGCGACCUCAUCUCUGUUAAUAUCAACAUCUUCCUGCGGAGCAUCAUCAAGGGUGUUGGCUUCUUGAUCUUCAUGUUUGGGAUGUCCUGGAAGCUCACAAUGGUGGGCAUCAUGGGAUUCCCUUUCAUUGGACUCGUCUCACAACUUUACGGCGAAUACUACAAGAAACUGACCAAAGACGUGCAAACAACGCUUGCAGAGGCCAAUAAAGUUGCAGAAGAAACCAUCUCAUCCAUGAGGACAGUACGGAGCUUUGCUAAUGAGAGUGGAGAGGCCGACUCCUACUUUGCCAAGCUGUUACUCAUGUUUCAGCUCAACAAAAAACAAGCCCUGGCCUACUCUUGCUACGUUUGGUCCAGUUGUAUCUCAGAGCUUGCUCUCGAGGUUGCUGUUCUCUACUACGGAGGUCACCUUGUGGUUACCGGGCAGAUGAGCAGUAGUGAUUUGAUAUCUUUUUUCAUCUACAUGCUCGAGAUUGGAGAAUGUCUCGAGAGCAUUGCAUCAGUAUACACUGGCCUCAUGCAGGGAGUUGGAGCUGCUGAGAAGGUUUUUGAGUAUCUGGACAGGAAACCUAAACACCCAGCUGAUGGUGCAGAGGCUCCAGAAACAUGCACCGGUCUUGUUGAAUUUAAAGACAUCACGUUUGCCUACCCAACCCGUCCUGAGACUGAUAUUCUUAAGGGAGUGUCGUUUACUCUGCGACCUGGAGAGGUAACUGCUCUGGUAGGACCUUCAGGCAGUGGAAAGAGCUCCUGUGUGAGUCUGCUUGAAAAUUUCUACCUUCCUCAGGAAGGCCAAGUGCUGCUUGAUGGAAAGCCUGUUCAUACGUUACAGCAUGACUACCUCCACUCCAAGGUGGCUCUUGUGGGCCAAGAACCUGUACUGUUUGCCCGGACGGUUGAGGAGAACAUCACCUAUGGCCUGACUGACAUCCCCAUGGAGGCUGUGGUGCAGGCUGCCACCAAAGCUAAUGCUCACAAUUUUAUCACCACCCUCCCUAAAGGCUAUGAUACAAGUGUUGGAGAGAAGGGCACCCAGUUGUCAGGGGGGCAGAAACAGAGGGUGGCCAUUGCAAGAGCUCUGAUUCGCCAGCCACGUGUUCUUAUCCUGGACGAGGCAACCAGUGCUCUGGAUGCAGAGAGUGAACACAUUGUUCAGCAGGCUCUCAACAACAUCAUGCAGGAACACACAGUGUUGGUGAUAGCUCAUCGGCUGAGCACAGUGGAGAAGGCAGAUAACAUCAUCGUGAUUGACAAGGGCUGUGUGGCUGAGCAGGGCUCUCACAGUCAGCUGAUGGCCAGCGGUGGACUCUAUUGCAAGCUGGUGCAGAGGCAGGUCCUCGGCAUUGAGACAGGGGACGAGGUCUUGAACCCACCUGAAAAUGGCAGGUGGAAGUCUAAUGGAGGACAUCAGCGGAGAAAACAAAGCAGCAGCAGCAGUGCCAGUGAGUCUGAGAUCAAUCUGCGCUACUGACAAUGAACAGUGGUUUGUGGAAUUAGUUUCAGUAAAGUGUCAUAAAAAGAAAACAGAAAUUAAACAAUGAAAUACUUGCACUAAACUGAAAAUCAGAGUUGUAGUAUACACUACUGUUCAAAAGUUAGGGGGCACUUAGAAAUGUCCUAUUUUUGAAAGAAAAGCAGUUUUUUCAAUGAAGAUAACAUUAAAUUAACCAGAAAUACAGUCUAGAUAUUGUUUUUUGGUGAAUGAGUAUUCUAGUCGGAAAUGACUGAUUUUUAAUGGAAUAUCUCCAUAGGGGUACAGAGGAUCAUUUCCAGCAACCAUCACUCCUGUGUUCUAAUGCUACAUUGUGUUAGCUAAUGGUGUUGAAAGGCUCAGUGAUGAAAACCCUUAUGCAGUUAUGUUAGCACAUGAAUAAAAGUAUGAGUUUUCAUGGAAAACAUGAAAAUGUCUGGGUGACCCCAAACUUUUGAACAGUAGUGUAUGUUAAUGAGAAUCCUGAUCCAAUUAGCCUGCCUACUUCUGCAGACAGUGAGUAGUAAUAUUUGAUUACAAACACAGAGCUUAAUGUAUUUACACAUGUCAAAUAGAGAUGGCAUUGGCACUGAAAGUAAUACUUGAAUGAAUGGUCAGUAUGGCCGCUAGUGGAGCUUUAAGAAUUUCCAAUAUGUUGCAGCUGAUGCACAAAAGCGUACUGUGUGUGUUUUCAUUCAUUAAUACCUCAUCAUCACACUCCCGCCAGAUAAAUUGUUUGUUUUUUAUAGUUCUCAUCAGAAUUUAUUUUAGAUUUGAUACUGAUUUCACCAUGUAAAUGCUGAAUCUGAAAUAAUAUUUAAUUAAUUGAUGAUUAACUGAAAGAAAAUUAUUCUGCAACUGUACGUACAUCCAAGCACUUUGAUUUAUCUUAAUUGUCUCUGAAAUGUAAAGAUUGAAGCAGAAAUUAGUUUUAAAUAAAUGUAUGGUGGCUGUGUCAAUUGCA